UAAAAAAAAAAUUGUUUAAUUAUUUAAUAAUGCCAAUACAUAAUACGCGACUAGCAAGUCAGGUUAAGUUCAGGGUUCUUUCGGAAGAUAGGUCAACCAGAGCUGUAAGUCCACCAACUUCUAGACGCCGUCAGGAUAAUAUCAAAAGAAAAAAACUCACCAAGAAAAAUGAAAAGCAGGCGCAAAGUGGUUUAACAUCGUGUUUGACCAACAGCUCGCCCAAUUUACGUAUCGUCGGAGGUGCAAACGAUCCAGCCCCUCGUAAUGUUGGAAAAUUGCCGCGCACCGACAGCGAAUGUCAGUUUAAGGCCCCGGGAUUCCGUUUUCUUAACGAACGAGUCACGACUAUAAACACCCAUGAGGUCAAAAUGAGUCCCAGCGUAGUCAUGAAAAAAGAGCUAAGGCACAAAUGCGAUUUCUUCUCUAAAGUGAAGGACACGCGACCCUUUAAGAAUAAAAUUACCCAGACGCUUUACAGGGAAUCCUCUGCGCAGACUAUGAGUUAUUUGCCGGAAAUUUUAGAAACAAAACAAUUUAAGAAAUUGGAGCUCUUCUCGCUGCCAUCCGUAUUGCCAGGAUCAAAUCGACCAGGCUUGCAUGAGGUCGAGAUCCUGGAGCGUGCCAGGAAGCGAUGGGCCUUCAGUGAUGCCCUUAAGGCAAACUUUAAAAGACUACUGAACGAUGCAAGGGAAGUGGCUAUAAAAACCGAGUACCAGGAGAUUUUGGAAGCCUUCGAGUGGGAACAGUGGAUCCAGCGGGAGGAGGACAUACAGGAGUGUCAGAUGAUGCGUCUGCAGAUCGUGAUCAAGAUGUUUGACAAAAGGGAGAAGGAAAUGCACGCCGCCUCCAAGUCACGGAUUGAACAGGCCUGCAAGCGAAUUGAGGAACGACGACUAGCUGGCUUGCGAAAGAACGAGAUCGAAUUCCAGCGGGGAAUGCGGCGACUGGAGUUCCAAGUCACGAAGACUCCACGAAGAUGGCAAAAGCAAAAGCCCAUGCAUUCUUUGGGUUCUCCGUGCUCCGAAUUCUACGCUCCGCUUUUAAGAUAUGGCGUCGAUCCGGCACAUCGAAACUUUGUCUCAAAAACCGGACAAAAUGCUUUCGACAUGAGAAUCGACGAACUGGAGAAGAAAGUCAACAUGAGCCAUUUAAAAUGUCCGUUCAGAAAGCUAAAGGAUUGGUCCAAGCCCAAAAAGUAUGACCAGGAGUAUGAGCGAAACUUCUGCAAUGAGGACAAUCUUCAAAAGCUCUUUGAAUGCCUAAAGGCCCUCAGAACUCAGGCCGCCAAGGAGAAAGAAGAUCCAAAGUGUCUCAAGAAGCGACGAAGGAAAGAAUUGAGUAGAGCGGCAUCCCAAGUGACCUUGACGUAUUUGACAGACCUCUAUGAUGUUAAGUCUUCCGAUCCAUCUGUAAAGGGUGGUUCCGUAGAUAGAGUAGCCUAUAGUAAAAAUGCCGAUUACCUUGAGGCUAAUAAAAAGGAAAUUUCAGAGGAUAUGUUAACGAAUUUGAAGAACGAUAGAAAGCGAGAAGGCAUGGAGAAUUUGUUGAACACUUACGAGGGCACCUACAUAGGAUGGGUGAUGCAGUUCCUAUCAGAAGAGAUGACUCGUCUCUCUGAACUACGCAGGCUUCACUUUUUCGCGAUUAUGGCUCAGAAGGAGCGAUGGCGGCGCGAGGCAACCGAGGCUGGAUUGAGACAGAAGGAGAACGAUAUGAGAUUGAUGUACGAGGAGUUGUUCCAGCACUGCAAUGUGGUCAACAACGAAAUUUCGAAUAAAUAUUUCGCACAGAUUCUGAGCUCAGAUAUGUACAAUGUGGCCGAGUGCUCGGCUGCCGAGACAGUAAGUGAAGUGGCAAAGCAAAUCGAUACGGAUAUAGAUCGAUGGCUAGAGAGCUUCAAGCUGAUCCAGAACCCCCUCACCUACGUUCCUCUACGGCUGAUGCUGAACGACAUGAUCUCCCCCAAUAUGAAUCAAGUUCUCCAGCGUCAUGAAAACUCACUGAUCGUGCAAUAUGUGGUGGAGGAUGUGAUCUUUCAAAAAGUGUGGAUGGAACUAGAUCCGUUUGACAUAGGCAGCUCGUUAACGAGCGAUCUCAUCGAUCGCCUCAUCGACAACGAUUUAUACCUCAUGUCCACGGACAGCGAAAGUGAAAUCCCUCAGAAGUCCUCCUGGUGCGAGGCUCAUGCCAUAAUAAGAAAGGUCAUUCGAAGGGCAGUUCCCGGAAGACGGUGGCUAGAAGAAAGUGAACGGAUCGUGACCGAAAACUAUAACGAUCUAUUUAACGAUGUAUUCCACGAAAUUUUCCACAAGAUGAACAAUCCACCACCCAUUAGAUCCAUCGAUUUAAUAGAUCUCCGUAUGACUCCUUCUCAGCGUGAGAUAAAUAGCUGGGACAAUAUUCGCGAAAAAGAAAAUCUUGAUAUCGGAAAUCAACCUUCCGUGAAAGGUUCGGACUUUUUACGACAACAGACGUUGAACCUAACUAAAAAAUUUAAAAUCGACAAUGUCACAAGAACAUUAGUAAACGUGGAUAAUCCCCUUGGGGAUGAACCGGCGUCUGGUAGCGAUGAGUUUUUAAAGUCUCAAAUAAUAAAUCCCAUUGGCAACCUAAAAAUCGAACCCAGCGAUUUGUUCAGUCUUAGAAGUACUUUAGAUUUUUCGCAACAGUCAAACUUGCCAUCCCUCAUAGGCAGAGGCUACAGGGUAAUGCUCCCCAAUGAGGAAGAAAGAAAUGUUUCUAUUGAGAUUGUAAAACUUAUCAGAAAUGAGGACAAAGAGGAAGAAAAAAUGGAAUAUGAAGAAGAAGAAGAAGAGGACGUGAUGCUUGGUAUUGAAUCGCAGAAAGUCUCAUUUCAUGAAAUGCAAGUACCAACCAGUCUAGCAAAAGGAAUAAGCUUGAAGACUUCCCAGCCACCCAAAACUCUUACUGAUCGAGAAGAGAUAAAGAUUGCAGCUGCCGAAUUAAAACCUUUGGACUCAAAUCAAUUGGAAUUGGAUCAGUCAAAAUCUCUUGAUAAUUUGGAACCAGUGGUCUCAACUCCCAAGGAAAUUGAACCCGUUAUUGAUCCGAUUCCCAAGAGAACUGAACCGGUUAUUGCUCCGAUUCCCGAGAGAAUUGAACCGGUUAUUGAUCCAAUUCCAAAGGAUUUGAAACCGAUUUCCUCAGAUUUCAGGAAUAUAAAAACCAUUGAUUCAACUGCCAAGGAAUUGGAACCACCUAAAGAAACGGCAAAGGAACCGGAUCCAGAAUUCAAAAUCGAACCAAAGCCCUUACCCGAACACGAGGCCAUACGAGAGGCCGAUCGCGAGGGCGAAGCCGAGGCCGAAGCCGGACCCGAUCUGCAAGCUGAUCCUAUUGAGCCUGUCAUGGUCGAAGAAGCAGAAUCUUUUAUACCCGUACCCGUACGUUCUUCUGGGUUAAAAAAUAUGAUGCCAACACCGGCUUUACUUAAAACUGAUAAAGCUAAAAUCAAAGGAAAGCCAGUACCUAUUAAAAAAGCUAAGCCGAAGUCACAAGAGGAGGAAACUGAGGAAAAUGAGGAAAAACGGCACAUGGGCUCCUUGGGCUCCCAUUUCAAUAAUCCACUUGACGCAUUGAUCCCCAUUCAAACAAGCGAAGACCACUUGCCCGUCAAUGAUAAAACACUAGAAGCCGCAAGUAGGAUAUUUUCAGAUACCGAAUAA